AUGCACCAUCAGUCAAGAUGUUUUGUAAUCGAAGCAACGAUAUCUUCAUUGAACACUGUGCAAAAGCGCCAGAAAAUCAAUCCUCUCCACUACCUACUCUCAGGCUUCAAAGCAGAGACUUGGAAGAGUUGGAGAUGGAAUGAUAACACUGGGAAAGGUUGGCAAUGACAGUGAGGGAAGUUCGGGGAGAAAGCAAGUAAAUCGACCAAAAUGAUUCGUUCAGUGUUAGCUUCAGUGUCGCCACUUCGUCUGAUACUUGCAAAUCAACUUUGCACGUCCUCUGUUACGUUAGCUGGCGUUCGACCUUUGGGUCCAAAAAACAAAGCACCUGAUUUUUCUGGCACAGCAGUUGUAAAUGGAGAUUUUAAAACAAUUAGUAUGAAAGAUUACAAAGGAAAAUGGCUUAUCCUGUUUUUUUAUCCUCUUGACUUUACCUUCGUUUGUCCAACCGAAAUUACUGCCUUUAGCGAUCGAUGUGCGGAGUUUCAGAAAUUAAACACAGAAUUGAUUGCAUGUUCGUGCGAUUCACAUUUCUCACAUCUAGCAUGGAUUCAAACCCCACGUAGUGAAGGUGGUCUCGGUGACAUGAAGAUUCCAGUGCUUGCAGACUUUAAUAAAGAUAUAGCGAAUGCAUUCGGUGUCCUUGAUCAUGAAACAGGUAUCUCAUAUAGAGGUUUGUUCUUAAUCGAUCCAAGUGGUGAAAUCCGUCAUUCUCUCGUGAAUGAUCUUUCGGUUGGUCGUAGUGUGGAUGAAGCAUUUCGUACGCUAAAAGCCUUUCAGUUUGUGGAGAAACAUGGUGAAGUAUGUCCGGCAAACUGGUCCGAUGAUAAGCCAACAAUUAAGCCCGGCAUCAAGGAGUCCAAGGAGUAUUUCAAAAAGAUCAAAGAACAUAUGUCGUCGUCGUCUAGCAACUGGUCAGAUUUCUGCUGGAAAAUCCAACAGUUUUCAACAUCCACCAAAGACUUCCCAACAUAA